UGUCAUUCAAUUAAUUGGAUCACGUGCUACAAGACAUUAACAUGGGUGGCAAUGAGUCUGAUUCUGCUCAUCUUGUUGUGGACCUUGGAUCCAACUCUUGCAAAGCUGGAUUUGCGGGAGACAGAACUCCCCCAAUCGACUUUCCUUCCAUCGUUGGCAAUGUCAUCCAUCCAAAGGGUAUCCUCACAUAUGUGGGUGAUAAAGCCCAAACACAGCGGGGAAUCGUUUCUCAAAGAUGUCCAAUUAAGCAUGGCUUGGUCACAAAUUGGCAUGAUAUGGAGAGAAUUUGGCAUCACGUUCUUUACAAUCACCUUAAUGUGGAUCCCGAGGAACAUGCUAUUCUUUUGACCCAGGAAUUGACUGCCCCCAAAAGAGAUCGAGAGACAAUGACGGAGCUCAUGUUCGAGAUUUUCAAUAUUCAGGCGUUGUAUGUGGCUGAUCCUUCUCGCUUGAGUAUGUACGCUUCAAAGAAGUCCACGGGCAUUGUUGUUAACUCCGGUUUUGAUACGACACAUAUUACGCCCGUCUACGAAAACCAUGUUCUCGCGCACGCGUGUAAUCUAUUGAAAUUCGGUGGUCAAGAUAUAACUCUACACCUCCUGAACUUAUUGACCCAAAGAAGAUCCAGCUUUCUUAAAGAGCUAGAUGGAAUAGCUAAAAGAAAUAUUGCUCAACGCAUCAAAGAAACAUUGGCUUACGUUGCGCUAGAUUUUGGAAAAGAAAUGGCCGCAACCCCUUAUUCGUCAUUGUUGAGCAAAACUUGUGAUCUAUCCAGUGGGGAGGUCAUCACCAUCCACAAAGAAAGAUUCCGUUGCGCUGAGGCCCUCUUCCAACCUUCAGACAUGGGUUUAAAUCAAAAAGGUAUUCACCAAAUGACGCUCGAUUCUAUUAUGAGAUGUGAUGAGGAUAUUCGGAAGGAAUUGUUCUCUAAUAUCAUAUUGACUGGCGGCUCUACUAUGCUCCCCGGAAUGGCAGCCCGCAUGGAGAGAGAAAUCACUGCUUUAGCCCCACCUUACACAAAGAUCAAUGUCAUUUCCCCGUCUGAUAGGCAAUACUCACCUUGGAUAGGCGGCUCAAUCUUGGCAUCUCAACCUCAAUUCCAGCAAAUGUGCAUUUCGCAAGAAGAAUAUGACGAAAUUGGUCCAUCCAUAGUUCAUCGCCGUUGUUUUUAAACUUAACAUCAUUUCCUCGAUGAAGAAGAUAAUCCAACAUUAGAGUAGCUUUUAACCAAAGAUAAGUUGGCAGGUGUUAUUGAAUAACUCGAUAUUUGCAUGCCACAACAUCCACAUCUGGAAGAAAGCACUAUUGAUCGAAGAUGAAAAAAUGUAUUGAAAUGGUUCAUAUAAAUGCUACAAAGUGUCCUUCAAAGUGGCGUUCUGCGUUAUAAUGCCAAUGGCAGCAUUUUUAUACCACCUUCUGCGACUUGCCGGCCUUUUGUUACAAAGUCUUCUUUUUCCCAUCGACAGCUGGCGCUGUUCUUAUGAGAAAUAAAGGUUGCAAUUCGCGUG